AUGGCCUGCCUCCGGCGCGCCACGCCCUUGCGGCCUUGCCGAUCAAGUCCUGAUCGUAUGCAGCAGGCGGAGAAGCGCCGAAGAGGCAAGCAUGGCCAUUUAACAGAAGAAAACUUUAAGGGAAUUGAAAGGUGGGAGGUUGCAGUAUUGGCUGAGAAGCUCAGGCGAUAUUUACAAGACAAAAGGUACAUUAUGAUCCUUGAUGACAUAUGGACUAUAUCAGCAUGGGAGAGCAUCAGAUGUGCACUGCCUGAAAAUAAGAAGGGCAGCAGGGUAAUUGUAACCACAAGGAAUGAAGAUGUGGCCAAAACAUGCUGUUCUCAUCCCCAAGAUUGGAUUUACAAAAUCCAGAGGUUAUCUGAUGCUACAUCGCGUGAACUAUUCUUCAAAAAGAUCUUUGGCUCGGCAGAUAAACUACCAACUGAUAACUUGGAGGAAGUAUCAAACUCCAUUUUGAAGAAAUGCGGAGGGUUGCCUUUGGCAAUAGAGAGCAUUGGCAGCCUUCUUGCAAGCAAGAUAAAUAGAUCCAAGCAGGAGUGGCAGAAGGUUUGUGACAACUUAGGCUCUGAACUUGAAAGUAAUCCUACUCUGGAAGGCGCGAAGCAAGUCUUGACCUUGAGUUAUGAUGAUCUACCCUAUCAUCUGAAGGCUUACUUCUUAUAUCUAAGUAUUUUCCCUGAAAAUUAUGUGAUCAAGAGGGGACCUUUGGUGAGAAGGUGGAUAGCUGAAGGUUUUGUCGGUCAAAGGCAUGGAUUAAGCAUGGAGCAGGUUGCAGAAAGUUACUUUGAUGAGUUUGUGGCUAGAAGCAUUGUACAACCUGUGAGAAUUGAUUGGAAUGGAAAGGUGAGGAGCUGCAGAGUUCAUGAUAUAAUGCUAGAAGUUAUCAUCUCCAAGUCACUUGAGGAGAACUUUGCAUCAUUCUUAUGUGAUAGCACAAGCUUAUUGGUCUCUCACGACAAGAUUCGUCGCCUCUCCAUCCAUAGUAGUCACAAGUUGGUUCAGACAACUAGUGCUAGUGUAUCUCAUGUUCGCUCCUUCACAAUGCCGGCUUCUAUCGAGGAAGUCCCAUUCUUCUUUCCACAGCUACGGCUGCUACGAGUACUUGACAUGCAAGGCUGCAGUUAUUUGAGCAUAAACACAUUGGAGUGUAUCUGCAGAUUUUCCCAGCUUAAGUACCUAAGCCUCAGAAAUACCAAGGUCUGCAAGUUACCACGGCUACUAGGAAAUCUGAAGCUCCUGGAAACGCUGGACAUUAGGGCAACACUAGUCAAGAAACUACCAGCCAGUGCAAAAAAUCUCAGUUGCAUGAAGCAUCUAUUAGUUGGGCACAAGGAGCAACUUACAAGGACAGCCAGUGUCAAGUACUUAAAACCAUGCUCAGGCGUGGAGAUGGCUCCUGGGGUGGUCAAGAAUAUGGCAGCUCUCCAAUCACUUGUCCAUAUAAUGGUCAAGGAGCAAUCAUUGGUGCUGCGAGAGAUCGGUUUGCUGCAAAAACUAAGGAAGCUCAAUGUUCUCUUCCGCAAUGUGGAAGUGAAUUGGAAAGCUUUUGUUGAGUCACUGGGAAAAUUGGCAAGCUCUCUUCGCUCACUCUCAAUUCACAUUCUAGAUGAAAAGGAGUAUAGCUCAUCUCUGGACAUUCUAGCUUAUGUCGAGUCACCCCCACUACUUCUUACCAAUUUUAGUCUCACAGGCAAAUUAAAGAGUCUACCUCCUUGGAUAUCAUCGCUUCGAAACGUGUCCAGGUUUACUGUUCGAAAGACCCAACUCCAUGCCGGGGCUAUAGAAGUUUUUGAAGACCUUCCAAAUCUACUCUACCUCAAGCUCUAUCACAACUCGUAUGUUGAUGACCGCAUAGUAUUUCGCAGCGGUAAAUUUACAAAGCUCUGCAUGUUGGUUAUUGAUAAUUUGGAGAACACCGAAAUGGUGCACUUCGAGGAAGGUUCAGUGCCAAAUCUUGAGAGGCUGACUUUAUCAUUCCUACGAGAACCUAAAGAUGGGAUUUCAGGUCUUCAGAACCUCCAAAAGCUCAGGGAGAUAGUCUCAAAAAAAAAAAGCUCAGGGAGAUCGAGUUCUUUGGUAACAUCAUAUUAUCCGUGGUGAAUAAAGUGGUAUCAUGUGUGAAGACACAUCCAAACCAUCUAAGAGUUAUCGGUGACAAAUGGAAUAUUGUAACUGAAUAUGCUUAAGUGGCAAACCCAUGAUAUAAUUUGUCAUUACGCGUCCUAUUCAUAAAUCUAGUUUAUUGCUUUCAGCAAUAGAAUUAUGUAAGCUAAUCUGCAGUACAGUUCAUUGUAUUAUAUGGUACUAAAGUGUUACAUGACUUACGUUGCACCACCAUUUGUGCAACGUUUCUAACAAGUGAAAAUUGAUGGUAGCUUUGUGAUUUGAAGUGAA